GUGAUUUAAAAUUUACAUAAAAUGUCGAAAUGGGCGCUGGUCUUGGUGUCUGUUCUUUCUUCAGUAUAUUUAUCGAAUGCAUACAAAAUUUUGGUUAUAUUUCCGUUGCCAGGCAAGAGUCAUUCAAUUUUAGCUGAAGGAGUAGUCAAUCACUUAUCUCGAGCUGGACAUGAGAUAACCUAUGUAACAUCCAUAAUUCCUGACAAACUUCAAAACGGAGUGACUAUUGUAGAUGUUAGUAGCAGUGUAAAAUUGGAAACUAAAAUGUUAAAUAUAAAAUCAAUAAUGAACAAUGAAAUUGAAAAUGAGUUUCUAACGUCGAUGAAUAUGUUCAUGGAAAUGAGUAAAAAAGCGAUAAGUAAUGAAAAAAUACAAGAACUUUUAUCAGAUAAAAGCCAACAAUUUGACGUCAUUAUUGCUGAAUGGAUGUUAAAUGAAGUAUACGCUGGGUUCGCAGGUAUAUACAACUGUCCAUUUAUUUGGUUUUCAACAGUUGAACCCCAUUGGAUGGUCUUACAAUUAGUAGAUGAAAUGCCCAAUCCUUCAUACACUAGUAACAUCAUGUCAGCCACUGUUCCUCCGCUAUCUUUUCCACAGCGUAUUACGGAACUAGGUGUUCAAAUUAUGGGAAAACUUUUUCAAAACUGGUAUGUAUCUGGCAUUGAAAACAAAAUUUACGAAACCUAUCUUGCACCGCAUAUACGAGCUAGAGGUUACACCAUGCCACCUUUAGAGUUGUUAAAGCAGAAUGUUUCCUUGGUUUUGAGCAAUUCACAUGUGUCAAUGGGUGUAGCGACUCGAUUGCCACCAAAUUUUAUACCAGUUGGAGGCUACCAUAUUGAUGCUGUUGUUAAACCAUUGUCCGAGGAUUUGCGGAAACUUAUGGAUAACGCCAAGCAUGGAGUUAUCUACUUCAGUAUGGGAUCCAAUUUAAGAAGUCAACAUUUUCCUAUCGAAGUGAAACAAGAAUUGCUAAAUAUGUUCGGUGAACUAAAACAGACUGUCUUGUGGAAGUUUGAAGAAGAUUUGCCCAACCGACCAGAUAAUGUUCAUAUAUUGAAAUGGGCCCCACAACAAAGUAUUUUAGCUCACAAUAAUUGCGUUCUGUUUAUAACUCACGGUGGUCUGCUGUCUACCACUGAAUCAAUUCACUUUGGAGUUCCUACCAUCGGUAUUCCAGUUUUCGGUGAUCAGUAUGUGAAUGUAGCCAGAGGUGUGAGAAAAGGUUAUGCUAAGAAAGUAGAUUUAUCGUAUUCGAUGGCCAAAAAUUUAAAAGUAGCCAUUCAAGAAAUGAUUAAUGACUCGAGCUUUACCAAAAAAGUGAAGGAGUUAUCUUUCAUAUAUCAUCACAGAACUACUCAUCCUGGUAAAGAAUUAGUUCAUUGGGUCGAACACGUUAUAAAAACUGGAGGUGCACUGCAUCUACGCUCUCCUGCAUUUCUGACGCCCUGGUAUCAAAAGGUCUACUUGGACCUUGCAAUUGUUCUGCUAGUCUUAAUAAUCGCUAUUAAAUAUUUAUUCAGAUAUAUUUGUAGUACAAUAAGAAAUAAAAGAUCGACUAGUAGUAAAAAAAAGCAAAAGUAACGUA